ACAUGUACAGGCGAGAGUGUUGUACCUUUGACCACGUCUGUCUGUGCUGGCAACGAGCGACAAAAUUUGAAAGUUUUUGUUUUCAGUACCAGGAUUAACCUCUAAUUACCUACUUUAACGUCUGCUAUUUUAAAGAUAUGUUUGCUUUGAUGAGUAAUAAAAUUUAUCUGAUUUCACUAUUAAAAGUAUGACGGGGCAAUCGGGACUGGAACGAAUAUCUUCGGCUCCCAGAUUAAGCUUUUCGCACCAGGACGUUUUCAACUUGAGAAACCACAAUUUGUCCCAGCUGUCUCGAUCAACUCCGGGAAUCUACAGCCCACAAAGAAAAGCACUAGAAGUGUCCCAGCACAAACUUAAUCUCACUGGCGGAACACCACCGAAAAGCAUUCUUGUCAAACCAAAAGAGGAACCGGUGCAAGAAAAAAAUUCAGACGAUGAAAAGGAGGAAAAAGGAUCUUAUUAUUAUAGUGUUCGCUUAGAACUGCAAUUUACAGCCUUUGUGUUUUUAUGUUUCUUCAUUAUAGUCGUCAUUCCAUUGUCUAUGAUCAUUGUUGGUAGCGCUUACAUGUACAGUUGCCCAACUCAAUCGAUGAUACCUGUCUUUCUAGUUGUCGGAGGAGCUGGAUUUUUAUCUUCUAUUGUGGUAUUAAGGAAAUUAAAUAUGAUGUCGAAGAAAAGUGAUGAGGAUGAAGAGUGCUACAAGAAAAUAUUUUUACUUGUUGUGCUUUUUCAUAUAGGAUGGUUCAUUGCCGGUUGUUACUGGGUGUAUGGAGCAUAUGCGCCAAAUUACUUGGACGAAUCCAGCCAGUUAUAUUGCCACAAGACUCUUUAUUUAUAUUCAUUUUGGCUUUUAAAUUCCAUUUUUCUUACAUUGUCAUUGUUUGCUGUUUUAUUCACAGUUUAUAUUUUAUUUGGAAGAGAACAAAAUCAAGAAAUCGGUACUAAAGUUUGAUUGUCCUGAUUCAAAAGUUAAUUUUAAGUUAACAAAUUAAGGGUGAUUUAAAAGUUGCAGUGAUCGUGAAAGUCAAAGAUAUAGCACGUACAGAAAAGCCAAACAUCAUAAAAGAUAUAUAAUGCCAAAUGGAUGAGAAAUCUACAUAAAAACUAUAUAAUUUUUUCAUCUAAACGGCAUGUAACAUUAUGUGAAAAAUUGCAGAGAUGGACAAAAAAUAUUCUGUGACAUGUGCAAAAGGAGCAUAAAAUAUUUGAAUUCACGAAAUUCUAGUAAUUUAAAAAUUUUAUUAUAUUUAAAGGAACUAAAACUUUCACAAUUUAUUUCACACGUAUUUUUUCAGUAUUUGCCUUGAAACUAUAUUAUCGAGAGUUCAACCAUAUUACAUCCAAUAUUUUUAUCAAUAAUUGAUAUUCAUUUACUAGCCCAAAUUUCCUAAUAAAGGCAUGAUUUAAUGAUUUUAAUGAUUAAUGAUUUUAGUAUUGUUGAAGACAGAGGCUUCUCGAUUAAUGAACAUUUUCAUUGCUUCAAUUUGUUCAAAAUUGUGGGUGACUGUUUCCAGGUAAAUAUCUGGUAUUUUCAGUUCUAAAAAGGGCAUUAUUGUAAGCGGAAUUAUCAUUAAGCCAUUGAAGGAAAAUGCAUAUAUGCUUUUGUUUUGGGCAAUAAAUGCAACAAAGUUCCACGUCCAAAUGCAGGAAAGAAGGAAACAUAAGUAUGUAAUGGAUUCGGUGAGUAUAAGUAGUUUUUUCCCCACAAAAUAUUCAAACAUUAAUAAAUUAAGUUUAGAACGCAUGGAUGAAAAAAGUCUAGAAUACAAGAUAAGAUAUUUUUGUCUAGAUUUUGCCUAAUCCUCAAGAAUUUAAAUCAAAAAUAUAAUCAAAGAAACUUUUUAGAUUCUCGAAUAGUGCCUAAGAAUUUUAACAUUUGGAAAAUUUUAUGGUAUUAAUUAGGAAUUUUCAUAUGUAUAAGUCAUUCAUACCAAUGUGCAUACUGUUGCAAACAAAUCUACAGAAUGUUCUCUUUGCCCUAUCUCUAAUGAAGGCGUUAUUUCUUUUAAAGUUUUCUUUCAUCAUUUCUUUAUAAGUUAAAUUUUUUAAAAAAAUAAUUAAUUAAUUUUUGAAAUGCAACUUAGGCUAAUAAAUUAUUUUUUCGAUAACCCACAAAACAUAAAUUAAGUAAAAUUAUUUUUAAAUGCAAAUGUUAAAAAUGAUGCAUCUAAGGGUUAAAUUUAAUUGCAUUAGUAAUUAAUAACUUAAAGAUGUUCCUUGAAAUUUGCUCCGAAAAAUUUUAGCUUCAACAACCAGCAUUUUGAAAUUCUUGAAAGAAUUAAACAAUCUUCCUCGGAGAAGUUAUGUCAUACUUAUUAAGUACUAAAUAGAAAGAGAUGGAUAACUAAUGUGAUUUUUCAUGAUUAUAAAUUUUUGAAUUUAGAAAUUUAAAUUCAAAACACAUCAAAAUUCUAAAAAAGAAACUUUUGAGAAAAUUUUACAUCAAAAUAUGUGUAAAUAAGUCAGUCGAUCUUCACUAUAUUUAGGUUUAUCAUAUAUGUCGGUUGUGAUGCUGUCCAGUCCUUCAGAACAUGCUCCAAAUCACUGACAUAAUACAUAUUAUUCAGUAACACGAGAAAAAAAAACUCUCCUGAUGACAAAACAUGUUUGAAAACUUGUUUUGAAAUCAAAAGAAAUGCAAAAAAUUAGCGAUUUUAUCUUACCUUUAUUUUCAGAAUAUUCAUGUAGCAUUGAGAUUUGGAGUAAUUAUAUCCAGUAAUUAAGUAUUCUUAAAAACAAUAAGAUACAUAUUUGUAAAAUAAAGUAUAUGUUAGUUUUGUGUGUGAUUCAUACAAAUGUGUCUGUUUUAAAUUCUUUCACUACUAUUGCGAAGUACUCAACAAAAGUAAACCAGCGGAAGGGGUUUUCCCCGAAUUUUUCUCGCAUUCUCACUCACAAAGUUGUUGUCCCUUCCCCUUCAUCCCUCAUAAAGUUUUGAAACUCGUAUAUGGCAGCGAAUACCUUGCCCUGCAUUGGGAACAAUAGUUACGAUCCUUGGCUUAAAUUUAGCAUUUUUACGUAGUAUAUCGUACAAU